GGAUGCAGAAUCCCCAUCGGUUCUCGGUUCUCAUUACCUCCUGCAUCAAAACUCCCAUGAACCCAAAGACCAGGACACCCUCGACGCUGUACGAGAGAAGGAAAGCCCAACCGUUACGAAUCAGCCAGAAUCCAUUGAUCGCCGACGAGAAUGAAAAUGAUUCUGAUCCUGAUACUUGUGAAGCAGUGCAACCCAGAAAAAAUCAUUAUAUGGAUGAUAGGGAUUCCAUAAUCUCCAGUAGUUUAUGUGGCAUGUCCAACGAAGAUUACUGCAAGAAACUCACGGAACUAAAAGAUGCACAAGCACACACUAUGGCAAUACUAGCAAAACUGUAUGAGGAUAAACUCUGUGUCAGAAGCAUGGCAGCUACUUCAGAGGAUCCCUGUGAAUCUUCAAUGUGUUACAGUUUAGGUAAGAAAAACAAUGGCCACCUAUCUUACUUAACAACUGAGGUGGGCAGUGCUGCACACUCAAGCAUGUCAGAAAUGUCAAAUGAAGAUCAAGAGAAAAGUGGGGAAAAUCGCAUGUCCUAUGGAAGAGAUCGAAUUCAGAGAAUGUGGGAUGGAUUUUCUGUGCAGGAGUAUAUUUCAGAUGAGGAACCCCAGAAGCCUAGAAGCUCAAAUUUAUCACUUGCAAAAAUGCAAAUAAUAAAGAAGGAGCAAAAGCAGUGGUCACCAAAGAUCACAAUACCUCAGCCUUUUCAAAUGACUCUUAGAGAGGCUAAGAAAAAGAAACUGAAGAUAAAGUCCAGGUCUGAAAUUGAAGUAGAGAAUCAGAUGCUGAGAAAACAAUUAGAGGAAGAAGCAGAGUGUCAGAGAAAGUUCCGUGCUAAUCCUGUACCAGCUCAUACCUAUAUUCCUUUGCUGGCAGAAAUAAUGGAACGGAAUGAAGAAAGAAGGAGAUUUGUAAAGAUGAGAAGCAAAGAAAUUUUACUGGCAUUGCAAAAACCAUUUGACUUUCUUGAAAGAGAGGAGAAAAAGAAAGAAAUUAGAAAAAUGCAAAUACAGGAACUAGAUAUUUCAGAAAGUAAACCAAAGAAAUUUAAAGCAAAACCAGUUCCUAAAUAUCUUUAUGAUCACACAAUAAAUGACAGAAUUAAAGAGCAAGAACUCUAUCGUGUAAUUAAAAUGAAAGUGAGAGCUCAAGAGACAUUACGUGGUGCAACCCUUCCAAAAGGUAUGCUUCGUAAUACCUUAUCGGAAAAGAAGGAAGCAACAUGUUCGAACCCAAAUAAAGAACUGAAAUUCAAACCCAAGAUUAACACCAAAGUACCAAAUUUUGAGAUGUUGCACAGAAAGUCUCGGAAACAACUUAUGAGAAAGAAAAACUUGACAUUGACAACCACGUGUGAACCCUUCCAACUGCUCGUUCCUCAAAUUCCUUCAAAAAAAGAAAAGGUGUUGAAUGAUAUAAUGGAAGAUGAAAACCACUUAAAAGAGACCCGCUGGCCUUAUAUGUCAAGCAGAAACCGGUGGAAGUCACAUGACAACACAAAUUUAAAUCAGUCAGGAUCAUCGGACUUGAAAAUUAUAAAGGUCACAGAGUCUGAAAAGAAGAGGAAAGAAGCUGUUAGGAAAUUGCUGGGAGAAAAAAGGAAGAAAGAAGAAAAUGAGGAAAACUGGAAACACAAGCAGAGAGGGAGGGAGAGAAAAUGGAAAAAAGUCAUAUCUACCCGUGCCUGGGCGAAUGAUCCACACAAGAGCUUGGCUGAAGUCUCAAGAUCAAAACUAAAACAAUACAGGAAUCAUCAAAGAAAACGAACAAAAGAAUACCUGCUGGAGCUUGAGGAGAUGCAGGCUAGGGUAAGCAGGAGGCCUCUGCUCUUAGAAGAGCAAACAAAGAGGAAUGCCAGAAGAGCAGCAGAGAGACAUUAUGCUACAGCACUAAAAUUACAGGGAUUAAGUGAAGAUUUUGUAUCCAGAAAAGGUCAUUCUCUCCCAGGCUUUGUUUCACAUUCCAGUGAUGAAGAGUCUGAGAAGAGUGAAGCCAACAGCAGAGAAAGUUCUCAGGAAGAAAUUGAUGGAUUCGAGUCUGAUGAUGGCCAAGAUGGUAGUGAGCACACUGAGGAAUCAAGAGACAUGGAAGGAAAGGAAUUCAAAAUAAAUAAAGAUGAGUAACUACGAAGAAAGUGGCAAACAGGAAAAAAUUUAUAUAAAUGGUU